UGGCAGACGCAGUCCGGAUUAGUUGUUGCUUUCGGCACAGAAACCUAAAUAUGUUCGCAGCGGCAAGUUGUUUCACAUUUAUGAUCAUUCUCCUUGUUGUCGAACCUCAAAGAGUUAUUUCCAACUGGAAGCUGAAGAAUGUAAAGGUUCUACCUCAUGAAAAAGGAUUGCAAGUCCUCUGGGAGCAACAGAAAAAUGUGUCCAAGAAACCUGUGGCUCACUAUACUAUUGGCUAUGGUAAAACUCUGGAAAACCUCAAAUUCAUCAAGGCAGAGGAAAACAAACGGUCUUUUUUAUUACAGGAUGUAGAGCCUGGGGAAGUUUAUUUUGUGAUGGUGACUGCAGAAAGUCAAACUGGAGAAAGCCAUCAUGUACACAGAUCCAAUCAUACAGCUGAGGCGAGAGUAUCAGAGGGACAUCAUCAUCGACAGAUGAGACCCUCUAAUGAUACAGUUUCACCAAGACUGAGAUCACCUCGUGCCCCUCAAGCUAGAAGCUACCUACUUGGCAGGAGAAGAAAGUAUGCACCGCAUCCAAAAGAACAAAGACGACAUAAAGUACAAAAACUUGUUCCUGAAUCAAUGUUUGGGAUGUCUCCUCGGACAAGGAAUAUCCUAGGGCAGAGGGAAUCUAUUUACAGAACAAACCCGACAAAACAUAAAGAGGAUAGUGAAUUGUAUGAACCCAGAGACAUAACAGUUCGAGUUAUGAGUCCACAGUCUGUGCUUGUUAUUUGGGUUGAUCCUGCUCUUCCGAGGAAUAAGAAUCAUGAUGCUGGUUCAGAAAGAUAUUACACUGUUAGAUACAGAGAGAAAGGAGAAUCUGCCAAAUGGGAAUAUAAGAUAUCUAAGACAUAUAGGCGAAUUCUGAUUGACAAGCUGACAUCAGAUUCCAUAUAUGAAUUCUCUGUUCGUACUUCACAAGGAGACAGAGAUGGCAAAUGGAGUGUUUCAGUUUUUCAAAGAACACCAGAGUCUGUUCCUACUUCUAGCCCUGAGAACUUUGAGGUGAAGCCAUUAGGUGAUCAAGGAACAGCAGUCACUGCAUCCUGGGAUCCGCCUAUUGACAACAAGGGAAAGGUCACAGAAUACAUUGUUUCAUACGCCCCGGCUCUCAAACCAUUCGGAGCAAAGACUAUUUCUUUUACUGGGGAUGUUACAAGUGCUAUAGUUGAUGGUCUACAACCUGGAGAGCGUUACAUUUUCAAAAUUCGAGCAGCAAACCGGAGAGGACAAGGUCCUCAAUCAAAAACCCUCAGUGUUGCUAUGCCAAAAAGUAGUAAUAUUGCUGCAACUACUCAUCGUAGGAUUCAUGAGAAAUCUCAAACUUCGCGAGGAUAUGAGUCAUCUUCAGCCUCCAAAUCUUUACCCAAAAAGCCUUCAUCACGCUUGCCACCUUUUCCAUCUAAACCCAUCUCUGGUUUCAGAACCAACACAAGAAAGUCUUCCUUUCUCUUUCCCACCUCUCGUUCACCAUCAUUACAGUCACCUGAUUCUUUUACAAAAACAAAUCAAAGCUUGCAUUUGUCUUCUUCAUCCUUAAUCCCUCCUUCCCCUCCCUCAACACCAUCAAAACAUACACCUACAAGUUUCAACAGAAAUGGCCAAUUGUUAACUAAAACAAGAUCUACUCCUUCUGGAAUCCCAUUCAACAGAAACCCAACUCGGCUAAGAAUACCAAAUUCCAAAGUAAGUCUUAAAAACCAACUAACUUCUGAGUCAUCCCCUGUUCAAACACGAAAUGAAAUAAAAGAGCCAAGACAGGAUCCAUCUAAACUACAGCCUUCGUCAGCUUUUCCCUCUGUGAAAUCAUCAGCUAUGUUUUCAGAGGAAGAUAAGAAUGAGGAAAGUGCAGAAGUGGAGGAAGAAGAUGCAGCUAAAGAGGUAAAUGUAAUGAAAAAGAAUCCCAUUUUAACAGAGUUGAAACAAUCUUACCGUGGUUCAACGUUGAAUAGACAGACUUUAGUUUCGCAGUCACCAAAGUCAUUUUCUGCUCCUAAUCCUAGAUUGGCACAGCCAUUAUCAAGGACAACUUCAAAUUCACGUUCUUCUCUGACUGCAGCUUCCCUGUCUUGGCCAAAUUCUAAUGGAAGAAAGUUGGUCAGUGAUCAUGAUAAAAAGCCAGCUUCCAUAUCUUCAACACACUCAACUUCACAAAGAAGUCGUGCCACAGGAUCAAGUUUUAUUAAAACCAGACUGGUAUAUGAAACGCCAAAAAAAAAAAUUUCUUCUGUUUCUCCACAACCUAAUCCUCCUCCUGCAUUAUCCUCAUCUUCAGCAUCCUUUGGAAAUGAUCAUAGAACUUCAUGGGCAGAUCCUGCCUCUCAUUUGAGAAAUAACAAGCUCAUGCCUGAUUCUGAUACUAAGAAGGUGUCCUCUUCUUACUUUGAAAGAAAACUAACUGGCUCUAAUCGUCCUUUGCAGCGCAUUCCAUCUUCAUCAGUUCAGAGUUCCUCUUUACCUUCAAGAAACUCCGAAAAAACUUCACAAUUAAAUCCUAGUACACAUUCUAGACACUCUAAUACCAUGCUGACAUCAAAUGCUGAAAGAAAGCCAGUUUCAUCUUCCAUUUCCUCUCAGUCGCAACCAUCUUCAUCAAUCCUAACCUCUGCUUCUGGACCUUUGGAGGAUUCACAUUCAUUUUUGCCAACAAAUCACCUAUCUACCUUACACUUUGCAAAUGCUGGAAUAUCUGACAGUAAAAGUAAGCCAUCUUUCUCUUCAGUACCUUUCCAAAAUUCCUCCUCUCCAACUUCACAGGGACAUACUCAUCGAACUGAACUAAGGAAUUCUAACUUAAGUCCGAAUGGUGCCAAACAAAAACUUAUAGCUAGUCACCCAACAAAACCAGUUACUUCUUUUGUGACUCAGUCUGUCCCUUCUUCGUCAGUUCUGUCAUCUUCAAGACACUCCAGGAAGCAAGCAAGUUCACUUUCUUCAAGCUCCAAGGAAACAGCUAGAAGGCGGCCUUUGUUUCCAUCUUCACCACAGCUUUCUGCUUCUCAUCCCCUGUCAUCAUCUUCACCUCGACACCGUUUCCCAGGGAUAAGGACAAGGUUUCCUUCCAGGUCAAAUAUCAUUGGAGACCUUUUACGUUCAGGAAGGUUUCGGAAAUUUGGCAAGUCUCCUCCAGACCAAUGGAAGUCUGGCAGACCAAAUUUAACAGGAAGUAAGGUUUCUCCCAGCAGUGAUAGUAAUGAAAAGGCAACUGGGCGUAGGGUCAUCACUGGACCUCAAGACACUAAAUGGAUUGUAGAUUUUGAUCGAGGAGUAUUGAUGAACCCUGAAGGACAAAUCCUCCAGGAUACAGAUGGAAAACCCCUCCCAAUACAACUGGGAGCAGAUGGACAUACGAUACUAGAUAAAAAAGGAACUCCAAUUCUGAGUCCUGAUGGUUUACCUUUGUUUGGACAUGGACGAGACAGUAAGCCUUUAAUUGACCCAAAAGGCAAGCCAGUUUUGUCAGUCGGGGGAAAGCCCGUCAUUGGAUUGUUCCAUCACUUUAAAACGACAGUUGCGCCUACAACCACAACAGUCAAAACCACAGCUACAACAACCACACCGGAGCCAACUACCACACCCGAGCCAACUACCACACCGGAGCCAACUACUACACCGGAGCCAACUACAACAGAACUAACAACUAAACCUACUACUGUAAUUCCAACAUAUCCCACAGCCAGUUAUCUAAGAUUGAAUGAAGCUGGUUACCCUGUUCUAGGUUCUGCUGAUACUGUUGACAGCUUGACUGCAGAAGAGGCUUCUGGGAUGGACUGGGAUCUGCUAACCAUUCCCACAGAAGGUGAUUCAUUGGAUUCUUUAGACAUUAAAGAAGGUUUUCAGCUGGUUACAACUACUUUGCCAACCAUAGAUGAUCCUCCAACAAAGAAGGAGCACACCAUACGGCCAUUCCACAUGAUUCCACAAUCAGAGUUUGACGUAGCAGGAAAGAAACGAUUUGUAGCUCCUCAUGUCGAUUACAUCAGCAAAGAUCCAACAGCACCAUGUUCGUUGACAGAAGCACUAGAGCACUUUCAAGUGGAUUCACUGGUGGACAUUAUUCCAAAAGACUUGAAGGAUAACACCCUACCUCCUGAGCAAGCUCCACGCAACAUUACUAUUGUUGCUGUUGAAGGUUGCCAUUCCUUUGUAAUCCUUGACUGGGCAAAACCUUUGAAGAAUGAAUUUGUAACAGGUUACCUUGUCUAUAGUGCUUCUUAUGAUGAUAUCUUGCAGAAUAAGUGGUCUACAAAGCCAGCAACAGCCAGCACGCACCUACCUAUUGAAAACCUGAAGCCAAAUACAAGAUAUUAUUUUAAAAUUCAAGCAAAGAAUCCAUAUGGAUACGGCCCCAUCAGUGAAGCUUUGUCUUUUGUUACAGAAUCAGAUGACCCACAGAUUAUUGUCAGGCCACCUGGGGGCGAACCAAUUUGGAUUCCUUACUCAUUUAAGUUUGAACCUUCUUCCAGUGAAUGUACAGGAAAACAAUAUGUGAAGCGUACUUGGUACCGCAAAUUUGUGGGUGUGAUACUCUGCAACUCAUUACGGUACAAAAUUUUCCUGUCUGAAGGCCUAAGAGAUAUGUUUUACAGCAUUGCUGAUGCUUGGGGAAAAGGGGAGGACCACUGCCAAUUUGUUGAUUCAUUUCUGGAAGGAAGGACAGGAACACAUGAGUAUCCAGAAACUCUGCCAAUCAUCCCAGGUUAUUAUCGGAGUUAUCGCCAAGAGCCAGUGUCAUUUGGCCUGAUUGGUGGAUUUGGGAAAUUUGGUGGGACAUCUAAUUAUUACGUGGGAUGGUAUGAGUGUGGUGUGCCUAUUCCUGGAAAAUGGUAAUGAAAUUGUCCUUUGAAAGAUUUAAUAACUUGAUGCACAUUUGAGCUGAAUUAAGAGAGUGAGAGAGUACCUUGUUCUUGAAUACUGGACAAUGUGUCGAAUUAUCAAGGUUAUUUUCGCACGAUUUCAAAGACUGUUUGUUCCACAAUCUUACUGGAAUAUGCAACAUAUUCUUUUUAAUAUAUACAUGGAGGACCAGGGCUUAAAAUAAACAUGCCUGAUAUCAUUGCA